UCCAUGCUGAAUUGCGGACCAUGCUUGCUUCAUUUAUGGUCUUCCGGUCAAGUUGAGCGGUUGUACGCUUGUAAGUUGUACCUAUAUCUAUUUGAGCCUCUUGGCAUGGCUGACAGCCUGAAUGACACUUACACGUGCUUGUGUUGUGGGUUGUAAGAAACUAAUCAUAGUUUGAAAUGUCUCGAAUCACAAAAAUGAAGUAUGUUACUGCAGAAACCAAGAUGGACUAUGAGCUGCCUACUCCAAAACAAACUAUAUGUACCAUCAUCAAAGUUCUGGGCAACAGCACCUACUUGGUGGCUACUCCUGAUGGAGAAGAGUUCAUUGCGUCUAUGCCUGCCAAAUUCCGUCGACAUGUAUACGUGAGACGACGUAGCUUUGUUGUGAUUGAGCCCAUCCCUGAAGGGAAGAAGGUCAAGGGAGAAAUAGUUCGCAUCCUACAACGAAAUCAAAUAAAGCAUUUUCAUCAGGCUGGGGUCUGGCCAGAGGCAUUCAACUCCACUGUUUAUAUUGACAACACGUUUGCAUCACAGAAGAAGUAUAGACUUACGAACGAAAGCGACCGCGGGGUAGUGCACGGCGAUAAGUACUUCUUCAUGGAUGGUGAAAAUUGCAGGCCGGUAAUGAGGAAGAAGGACCAAGAUGAUGUUGACGGUGAUAUGCCAUCUCUUGGAGAGCUCAGACUUGGAGUUAGUUCAGGCAUUGAGCCUAACUAUAACAAAAAGGCUGUCACGCGCAUGAUCUUCCCGGAUGAAGAAGAGAAUGACAGUGAAAGUGACGAUGAAGAGGAAAGUGACGAUUGUGAUGAGGAAUGUGAUGACGACGAUGAUGAUGAGGAAAGUGACGAUGAUAAUGAGGAAACUGACGAUGAUGAUGAGGAGGAAAAUGCAGAUGAGAACAAUGAAGAUGAAGAGGAAAGUGUAAAUAAUGAAGAAAGUGGAGCUGAAGAAGCAAGAAGACGUAGUGAACUAAGAGAUGAUGAAAAUAGUGGAAAAAAUAUUACAGUUGAAGAUGAUGGGAGCAAAAUCCACUUGACUGUCAAAGAAUCCCGUGUAAAAAAUGUAAAUAAAGCUAUAGUUUUAGACAAAGAAACAACAUGUGAUGACAAUAAGGGUAUAGACAAUAACUUCAGAUAACCACAGCACACCCUGUGGUCAAUGUUAUUCUAUUCACUUUGUUAGAAAUCAAUCACAAUACGGGUGCUUUCCAACGGUUGCUAUAUAUCUCACGAAGUUUCCAGUGUGGGAGAUUGUUUACUCAAAUUUUUGGGGCGCACGUCGAAUAUGAUCGUCGUGGGCGGCGUCGCUCGCACCUUCAUAAAUUUCCGUCUUAUUAAUCAAGGUUUGAAAAUUCAUUGGUUACCUACUACUUGACGUUGGUGUUUUAUGUUAUGUCAAUUAGUUUAAUGUUUUUUUGUGCACCUUAUAUCUAAAAUUUCAUGUUGCAGACCAUUCUGUGGUAUAGGUAUCGAUGUCGUCGUCAUUCCAUUUUACACCGGACCCAUUAUUUCAUUAGGGCUAUUGUUCAAACGGUAUUGCAAGUUUGUCAGCAUUUUUUAACCAUCUCACCAAGCUCAUUGUCAUGUUCAUUUAUUUCAAAUCAGUUUUUUGGGUGAGGUUGCCCUAAUUUUUAACUCGUUUUACAUCUUCAAAAUGUAUGGUUAUAUCAAAUGA